CGGUCCUGACCCAACUGAUAAGAAGACCAGAUAAAAUGGCAUAAAAUCUGUCAACCAACUCGCCAACAGCUUUUAUGGCUCACUUCCACUCCAAGCUUCACAUGUAUGUGUUCUUAUGCAAUGACACCUCUUCAAAAGCAGAUAAACUGACCACCAUACUCACGGGCUGUUGCUGAUAAAAUCUGAACAAGUACAUGGAAGCUAAAGUAAAAAUAGAAAUUCAUCUAUAAAACAGAGUCCCUGCUAUGGUGCAUCAUGGAAACAUGUCCCCGACCAUGAAGCCGAGCUAUCUUAGUGUUUUUACGACCAUUGUUGCCAUUCUGGCCUUGGUUCGUGGCGACAAUGAACGCAGAGAUAACACAAAGAAAGUGAUGGUCAUGGGCAGUGUGUUCUGUGACUCAUGUUUUCAAAACACCUUCUCCAAGCACAGCUAUUUCUUACAAGGUGUAGCAGUGCAUGUGGAGUGCAAACUUACAGCAGGGUUAGAAUCAGAGAGGAAUUUCACAUUUGCUGCAACAAGAAAAACAGAUAAGUUUGGUGUUUACCGGUUUGUGUUUCCCUCUGCUGAUGGACGCGAGUGCAAAAAUGCCCGUAGGGUGGAAUCCUUUUGCAAGGCCACCCUCAAGAAGAGCCCUUCCACCUGCAACCUUCAUGGACUCAACACAACAAGAGAGACGUACAUCAGAGCCAGGCAGGGAAAUUCAUGCAUAUUCAGUAUGAGGCCUAUGAACUGCAGACCACCCGUGAUUGAUUCUUCUAUCUGCAGGAAUGAGAGACUGGGAUCUGUAAACAAUUCAGAUAUCUUAUGGCCGCCACUACAGAAACCAUGGUUCCCACUUCCUUUCCCAUCUUUGCCACCAAUGCCGCACCUACCACAUUUUCCAUUCCUUCCGCCUCUGCCACAUCUCCCACCUCUGCCUUUCCCAAAAUCACCACCCUUUCCCUUCCCAUUUCCAUUCAACCAUUCACUGCCAAUGCCAUCAUGGCCACAUCUUCCUCCAAUUCCAUCAAUUUUUCCACCGCCGAAAUCAAAACCAGACCCUCCAUUUGCAUUAGGAGACCCAACAUCCUGGUACCCAUACUGGCGUCCUCCAUCCCCACCUCCUUCUCAGAAUCAAUCCAAUGGUCGAAGUCCACCUUAG